AUCGACAUGAUCCAGCUGUUAGCAUAGUGAAACAACUCAUGGACCGUUAUCCCGCUGUGGAUGCUCGGAUAUUCUAUGGUGGUGAAAAUGUGGGACUAAAUCCGAAGAUUAAUAAUAUGAUGCCCGCUUAUCGUAGCGCAAAGUAUCCUCUGUUGAUGAUUAGUGAUUCAGGCAUAAUGAUGCGAUCUGAUGCCCUUAUGGAUAUGGUAAACUCAAUGACAGACGACGUUGCACUGGUCACUCAAAUGCCUUACUGCAAAGACCGCGAAGGUUUUGCGGGUACCCUAGAACAGAUUUACUUCGGGACCAGCCAUGGAAGAAUUUAUCUAGCUGGGAAUUGUCUUCAGUUUGUUUGCUCAACCGGGAUGUCUUCUUUAAUGAGAAGAUUUGUGUUAGAUGAGUGUGGAGGCCUAGCGGCAUUUGGUGAUGUUUUGGCCGAAGAUUACUUCAUUGGAAUCGAAUUCAGUCGACGGUAAAC